AUGAACCUCUACCGACGAGUCGAUAAAUCGGCUUUGUUAUGGUUGCAUAGUUCCUUCUGUUCCAUCUAUGCUCCAGCUGUAGGCGAUGCUCGCCUAAAUUUGACCCAUCAAGAUUUUUUUCAGCUAUGUCUCCGUCACUUUGGUUAUGAUGCUUCGCAAGCAAUCGAUGCACUGUUAGCUCGAGAUGAGAAACUUCCGAUGGCGCUUAGACGUCUGGAGGCGGCUGACUUGACCCACAAAUUGGCCAAUGAACCACCCACGUUGCCAGCGUUAUCCUUCCAGAACGAUGAGCUCCUGCAGUCAGUAAUCCUUCGGCCGCAGGAUCGAAAUCUUCAGCUAUGUCUUCAGGAGAGGCAAAAGGGCCCGGAAUCGAAGAAUGUGUUCAAGGGCUUGAUUAGUCUCGCUCCACAACGACCUGCUGUUCCUACCAGCAGUGCUGCAGAUUCUCAAGAGGAAAAGCCAGUUAGCGAGGUGAUGAAGAAGCUUCGCGAAGCUUUGGAACGUCUCAAAGUUCGUGUGUCAGAAGGAGAAUUUGAAUAUGAAGAGCAAGUUGGAGUGCAUGGUGAACGUUUAAUGCCGAUGACUACCUCAAAGACAUACAUAAGUACCCAUAAGUUCAAAGUGUCUGAAGCGGACAAAGUGGCGAUCAGGCCGACAUAUGAGAAAUAUCGUUAUGAGACCCCGGGAGACGAUGUGUAUGAUGACGAGUAUGAUGACGGCUAUGAACAGAAGGAGUUCACCGUAGAGCCACUAAAAGGUUUCAUCUUGCUCGUUAUUUUUGAUCAUUAUUUAUACGAUUCUGCGGCGCGCAAAUUGCAUCGAAGAAGUGAAGGGGAAUCGACAGAUGAGCGUAGCAGGAGACGCGGGACAACCAGAGGAGGGUGGCGAGGAGGCGACAGUACAGAAAUAUACCGCGCACCGCUAUACUUCUGCAGUAGCAGUGGACAAGUAACAAACGCCAAGAAUGCUAGUGAUACCGGAGCAGGUGUAGGAGAGAACACUUCGCGUGGCUCCUCCUACACUGGUGGUCGACAACGCCAAAUGAAGGAGCGUCACAAAAAUGGUUCUAAGCAACGACAGCUGACCGAAAAAUUUUUCAUACUAGCUGCUAUUGAAGAUUACUAUGUUUGA